AUGGAAACUGCUUUAAUUAUUGUUGACGAACAAAAUGAUUAUUUUACUGGUGGUAAAUUUCAAUUAGUAAAUUCUGAAAAAGCUAUGGAAAAUACCAAAAGAGUUUUAGACAAAUUCAGAGAAAACAAACAAUUAGUUGCCCAUAUACAACAUAUUUUCCCACAAGGUGGUCCAUUUUUUGUUGAAGGUACUCCUGGAUCAGAAAUUCACAAAGUUGUUGCACCACAAUCCAAUGAAAAAGUAUUCACUAAAUCUGCCAUUAAUUCAUUCAUUGGUACUGGCUUAGAACAACAUUUAAGAGAUAAUAAAAUCACCAAAGUAGUUAUCACUGGUAUGAUGACUCACAUGUGUAUCGAUAGUGCCACUCGUGCUGCUAAAGAUUUAGGAUUCGACGUAACUGUCAUCGAAGACUGUUGUGCCACCAGAGAUUUAACUUUUGGUAAUAAAACUGUCAAAGCUGAAGAUGUCCAUGCUUCCUAUAUGAGUGCUCUUGCAUUCGCUUUUGCUAAAGUUAUAACAACUGAAGAGUAUUUAAAACUAUAA